AAUUAGUCAACGGUAUAAUGAUUGUGGUUCAGUGGAUGUAUUAGACAAGUACUUCGUAUAUAGAUGUGAGUGCCUGAGUCCCUGAAGGAAUCAUGAAAUCGCCAUGGCUACAGACGAGUUUCAACAAUGGGAAAUGCUCCAACCCAGCUCCGAGUCAGAUUCUGAAAGCCAAACCAGCACCAUGCAAACCAGAGCUGCUCCGGAUCUUAUGAUUCGCAGCUAUUACUUUUCCCUUCCUGAUCACGAUCAGUGUAACCGAACCCCGAAUUUCGCCGACCAUGCGACGGAGACGGCGGACCCGCCGGAGAUUUCUGACGUGAUGCAGGAGACCGGAGAGAAUGGCACCCUCGUCGACGAGGACAUUCAUGAGGUAGAAGGCGGGAAUUGGAAACUCAUCGAGCAAUUCAAGUCGGGUCGGGGCGGAAGUGAAUUUGGUAGGACCAAGUUGGAAGAGUUUGAGGACAUGGGGUUACUUGUAGUUGAAAAAUACGAGAGUUUGAGUGAUGAGUCAGAGGGAUUUGCAGACGAAAGGCACAUUGAGGAAGUGGAGAAGAAGGCAGAGGUGGUAAAGGAGAGUGUUGAAGCGUGGUGGAAGGCGCCUUUCGAGCAUUUUAACAGCUUUAUACUCGGGAUUAAACCCGUCUGGAGCUUCUCUGUGGCUGCUUCUGUGAUAGGAUUUGCUAUCAUUGGUAGCCAAGUGUUCAAGGCUAGAAAGAAGACUACAAGCUUAGAGGUCAAGAUUAUGAUGGAUGACAAGGUAGUCUGUUAGACUAAACCAAGCAAUUUCACCCGGAAAGCCUAAAAAAGAGUACAUGGUCUUCAAGUGAUUGAUUAUCAUGAAUGAUCCAGCAGUCCAGUGUUUUAAUGAUCCAUUAUCUUUGUCCCAUAUGAAAAAGGCGUCUGAGUUCAUGAGCCGUGCAGCCCACCUUAAUGAGACAUUAUCAGUUGUGAAGCCUCCUGUGACCCGACCUCAGUUAACCACAGUGGCAGUGGCAUCUUGGUCUUUUAUGACUAAUCUUGCUCUGCACGAAGCAUGAAUUUCUGUUGUUUUUUUCCUUUUAACAAUUCCAGUUCUAGUUUAUAUGUAUAUGUAGUUGUAAAAUAGUGUAUAAGUUCCGAUGUUGCACUUUUGUUGUUGCACUUUUUUGUGAACUCAGAGUAGUAAAUGGCAUAUUGUUGAAGUUGAAAUAGAGGCAUAUAUUCUCAAUAAGAUUGCUUUCAUACCCAUUUAUG